CCAGCAGGUGGCGGUGUGGGCACCUUUAAAAUGGGCUGUUAAGCUCUUUUACAGCCGCGAAGAAGAAAGCGUUGUUAGUGGAAGGCUCUGAGCUCCGGAUUCCAACUUUUAGCUGUUGUUCAUCUGAUUGUUUUGACAUCUAACGGGAAGAAUUUCAGCUUUAAGUAAGACGUAGCUGUAAUUAAAUAUUUAAGGCAUCCUUCUAAUACACUGCUUACAACCUGAGCGCCAUUUUUUAUCGUUUAUUCGUGAGGAGGAGACCUGUUAGCCAGUUUUGUUUUUGUGCUAUCAUGUCCGGUGGAGGUAUCAUUCGCGGACCCGCAGGGAGUAACGACUGUCGGAUAUACGUGGGAAACCUCCCCCCUGAUAUCCGCUCCAAAGAUGUUGAAGACUUGUUUUACAAAUAUGGAUCCAUUCGUGAUAUUGACCUGAAAAACCGGAGAGGAGGACCGCCGUUUGCCUUCGUGCAGUUCGAGGACCCGAGGGAUGCAGAGGAUGCUGUUUACGGGCGUGAUGGUUAUGACUACGAUGGAUACCGCCUGCGCGUUGAGUUUCCAAGAAGUGGAAGGGGAGGUGGCAGCAGUGGAGCAAUGGGACCCCCAAGGGGAAGGUAUGGUCCCCCGUCCCGACGCUCAGAGUACAGGGUUGUUGUGUCAGGUCUUCCCCCCAGUGGAAGCUGGCAGGACCUGAAGGAUCACAUGCGAGAGGCAGGUGAUGUAUGUUACGCUGAUGUGUACCGUGAUGGCACCGGGGUAGUGGAGUUUGUGCGCAAAGAAGACAUGACCUAUGCUGUCCGUAAACUGGAUAACACCAAGUUCCGCUCUCAUGAGAGUUCAGAGGAACAGGAUAGGAUGGGAACAGAGGAAACAGUUCAUAUUAGGAUAAACAGGAGGAGGAGGAGUCAAAUAUGGCACCAAUGGUUUGGACUGGGCUCAUUGUCUCCCCAUUCCGGAGCUGGAGCCAGAUCGGGAUUCAGGAUCAGAUCAGGAUUAGGAUUUAGGCUUCAGGAUGGAUACAUGGAGCAGGAGCAUGGGAGCUUUUUUACCGGGAGAGGAUCCCGACCCCUGGCCCUGUCCACAUAACCCCAUCAAAACCGGAAACGUUGUAGUGAGAUAUUCAAACUAAAUUGGGCUUCAAACAGUCAAAAGAAAAAGUUUCCUUUUGUGUGGGACCUCAGAGAUGCGAUCACAGAUGCCAUCCUGAUGAGUGAUUGUUUUUCUGAUAAAAAUGUUUGUUGUUUAGUGGAGCAAAGCUCGGAUCAAAUCCAGGAGGAGGGCUGGGAGGUGCAGGAUGGAUCCACGCACAUAAGGAGAGUGGUAAAUAGUGGACAACUAUGAACAGUGGAGGAGGGAGGGAUGGUGGGGGCGACAGGGGAAUGUGACCUUAAUGUGUUUUUUUCUCUUAGCUCAGUCGCAGAAGAUGAGUCUAGUUUUGAUAAGUAUAAUCAUCAGCAUCUUGAGGCUUUGUUCUCUUCAAUAAAAAUGUAAUAUAUAGUUUCAUGUUAUUUUGGUUUUUUUAGCAGUAUAAAAAAUCAGACAUUAUACAGCCCAUUGAGUGAGGAUGCCCUGUAUGAGCAUCAGACACAAAUAACAUUUUAUUAUGAAAUAAGAAUCACUCUGUAUGCUCGAGGUCAGACCUAUUGAAUACACCUCAGGUGUAAGAGCUCUGUCCUUUCAGCUGACACUGCAACACUUACUACUCUUCAAAAAAAAUGUGCAAAAGACAAGUUUGUUUCACCAGUUUAUUCACUUCUCUCAAGGAAAUCUCAAAUUCCCAUCACACACAUCAUCACAGUGAUGCUCAAACAGUUACAUAAUGUAAUAAUAAGCAAAAUACAUUUUUGAGCAGAGUGGGACUGCCAAAUUAAUCACACUCUGCAUGCAAUUUCCUCAAUCUGGUGCUUUCAUUAAAGCUACAAUAUGUUUUAUUCUUCCACUGUUUCAGAGGUGUCUGUAACCCAGGGUCAUUAAACUGGUCUCAGCAGUACAGAGAGAGAGAUUGCCUUCUCAGGUUUUUCCAAGUUAUCUUCCUCGCCAAAGCCUGCAGGAAGUCAGAGCUGGAUGUCCAUUAUGUCAUCAUACUGCAUUGAAGAAAUGUGGAAACUCAGUUCCAGAAAAAGGUCAUUUUGGACAGAGAUGAGCUGUAAAAUUGUGCCUUAACAUUAUUUUUUUAAAUCUAAAAUGGGUGAGCAAGCAGAUAUGGGAUUUGGCCUCCAUUGGGGGAAAACUGUUUAAUAACAUUUUUGGGAAAAUUAUUUGAAAUGUUUUUCUCUGUUCAUUUUUUGUGGCAUAGUCUUUUUUUUUUUUUUUACAGCUAGCAUGGGGUCAUUAUUCCUAGCACUGCUGCGGAUUCACUUCGUCUCUUGCCUCCUCCUCUGUUUGGCUGUAAUCUAGCCCUUAAUGUUUAGCAAGCUCUUUA